UUCUCAAAAACCGAAACCCACUUUAUAAUUUUUCAAACACAAAAUUAAGACAUGGCUAUAGAGUCAUUUGCUUUUAAUAUAGCUGAAAAAGUAUUGGAAAAGCUAGCUUCUAAUGCUUACAAAGAGAUCUGUUUUGCAUGGGGUUUUGAAGGGGAAGUGAAAAAGCUUGAGGAUAUCUUGUCAACUAUAGAAGCUGUGCUAUUGGAUGCAAAGGAGAAGCAGGAAAAGAACCACGAGUUGCGCCUUUGGUUGGCUAAGCUUAAAGACGCCCUUUAUGAUGCUGAAGAUGUUCUUGAUGAAUUAGAGUGCGAGACAAAGAGAAGGGAAGUGCUUAAAUUAUAUGGAAGCACCAGAAAAAAGGUUGGCCGCUUCUUUUCAUCCUUUAAUCCACUUGCAUUUCGUUUUAAAACGGGUCAGAAAGAUUAGAUGAGAUUGCAAGUCAUAGAGCUAAAUUUCAUCUCAAUGAACAACAUGAAAAUAGAUACUUUGUGCAUAGGACAAGGGAGAUGACCUACUCCUAUAUGCAAGCCUCUGAUAUCAUUGGAAGAGACACAGAUAAAGAAAACAUCAUCAAACUUUUGAUGAAUGAUGGGAAAAUAUCUGUUAUUCCAAUUGUUGGAAUAGGAGGUUUGGGCAAAACUGCACUUGCUAAACUAAUUUACAAUGAUGAUCGAGUAAAGAGAUUAUUUGAAGUUAAAAUGUGGGUUUGUGUAUCAGAAGAUUUUGAUAUAAAAAUAUU